CAUUCUUCAUGAUGACAGCACCAAGCCUCUCGUAGCUCCUCCAAUGCAAGGAAGGUCACUGAAGAAGGAGGAGGAGGAGAAGAAUCUUUCCACGAGAAGGCCAUGGCGUGCUCAUGGAACUCGUGAUGAAGAGUUACAAACUGCUGAUCGGGUAACCUGCCGUGAUAUGGCAAAGCUGAAGAGCCCAAAAAGAAAGAGAGCCAAGGAAGAUGAUUAUUGCAGCGCUGUUGCAACCGAUGCCAUGGAUCGAGCCAAAGAGGUUCAGUCGUCCUUGUCGCUGCAAUUCCCAAGCUUUGUCAAGCGCAUGCUCCCGUCGCACGUGACUCGUGUAUUUUGGAUGGGCCUUCCGAAGCAAUUCUGCGACUCGCACUUGCCAAAGGAAGAUGCGACGAUCAAGUUGGAAGAUGAGAGCGGGGAAGUGUACGAAACGAAGUACCUUUGUGCUAAAACUGGCCUGAGCGGUGGGUGGAGAGGGUUUUCUAUUGCUCACAGCAUAAUGGAGGGUGAUGCAGUAGUGUUCCAACUAGUCAUGCCAACCCAAUUCAAGGUGUACAUUGUGAGAUCGAGUAAAUUCAGUGAGGUGGACGGGGCUCUCGGCCUGAUAAAUUUGGGUCCUUGCUCAAGAAGAAUCAAUCCCGAGAAGGACACAUUGAGCAGCGAAGAAGACGACAGCGACACUUAUCGGGUGCCUCUUGCCGAGGAAUUUAUUCCAGAGAACAUUGAUGAGGAAGGUUUAAAGAUCUGUUAACCUGAUUGCAGAUCAGUUGCGGAUCAUCCCAGGACGAACACCAAUGACCGCAUUCCUAAUGGUCUUCAUGGAAUUCCGUUCUCUGAAUCUGUCAUUGAUUUCAAAGAAGUGACAAGCAUUGAAAGUUUCUCUAUAAUCACCAAGGGCCUGGUCAUUGACUCCGAACUCUCCAAGCACCUUAGAGCCAAGUACUAUGAACUGUGCAAGUGUCGAAAGACAUUUCUCCACGCUCGCCUCCUCGAAGGCCUGAACUGUAAGCUGGCAGCGGGAAUAAUCUCCGAGACGGUGAACAUCGCUGAUGCUAUCAGGGCUUCGAGGAUCACCACUUCUAUAGAGGACUUUGAAGUGUGGGCCACGACUCUGAAGGCAUUCGAGGACCUAGGCAUGGAUGUGGGGUUCUUACGAGCCCGGCUCACCCAGCUCAUCAGUCUCGCGUUGGCAUCAAAGAGGCACAACAAAAUCAGGAGUGACCGGGCUUGUGCUGCAGGGGAGAGGAGUAGGCUUGAAGCUGAGCUUACGGAAGUGAAGGGUGUGAUCAGGAGGCUUCAUGCAGAAAUCGUGACCACAGGCGAUGGCAGUUACGGGCUCGACAUGGCAUUUCAACAAGUUGCUAGCGCCCCCUGGUAGUUGGAAGGAUAUUGGCCAUCCGUCACGACCGUCAUGCGGUUCGCACUAAUGAAAGGCCGUGGCGAAAUAAUCACAGGAUGCCCGACCUGUCCCUCCCCGACCUGCAACUUUUUGGCAAGUACUAGCGUCAUUGUCGUUGUCGCUGUCGUUGUCUUCUUUUUGGGAAGAAGAUCUCAUGAUCCUGAACCCGCUAGACGCCCGAGAACCGGAAAGAAUUCUUGUUUUGCCUGCAAAGGGUUUGUCUUGUGACCCUAGUCAGAUUACAGGGAGUAGAUGUGCAAUGUAAUGGGCUGUCCAUACUUGCCCUGUGAUUGUUACUAAUGCUGUUGCUGGAACCUCGGACUUGAAA